AUGUCAACUACCGGCGCGUGUCUCUGCGGCAAGAUCAAGGUCGAGAUCACCGACAAACCUCUGGCAGCUGCUUUGUGUCACUGCAACGACUGCAAAAAGAUCUCUGGGAGCGCCUUCGGCUUCAACUGGGUUGUGCCGAUCAACAAAGUCAAGGUCACCGGCGAGCCGAAGACUUUCUCGACGACCGCCAACAGCGGAAAUCCCGUCAUCAGCCACUUCUGCGGUGACUGCGGCGUCACAUUGUGGCGAGAUGGACCGGCGACGAAUGGGCUCAUGUACCUCAAGGCCGGUAUCUUGGAUGCGAAGUAUCACAACGCGCAAGCACCUGUUGCUGAGAUCUUCACCGUCAAGCGGUUGUCGUGGUUGACGGCUGUGUCUGGCGCGGCUCAGAAGAAGGAGAUGGAGUAG